AUGGAGUCUGCAAAUGGGAUUACUUCCGAGCAUGAGAGUAUUGCUAUUGAGGAAAAACAUGUGGACAUGCCAGUACCGGAUUUGAACAAGGAUGGUAAGAAUGAUAGUAAUGUAGAAGUUCAUGCCGUGAAUGGAAUAUCUGAAAUUGGAACAAAAGAUGAAGGCAUCAACUCUUCUGGAGUUGCAGUUGAAGCCUCUGCAACUGUUCCGCCUGGUAAAAAUUCGAAAACCAUGAAGGAUCCUCAUGCUCCAAACAAUGGUUUUUCAAAGAGCAAACUGGCCAAGGAUAAACCUAACUUGAAAGGCAUAACUCAGAUUCCUCGUAACCAGAGGGCAAUACUUUCUCAGAGCCUUUCUUUCCCAUCAAGAGGAUCUCGUGCAGAUCCUAUGAAGAAGAGCAUUGAUGUGUACCCAGUGAAAGCAGUGGCCAAACAUGCUCGAGGAAAUGCAACCAAAGCUGAGGCCCCUUUUUCAGUUUCUCGCUUGAAUCCAAAUAGGCGUGCAUCCACAGGAGUGCAUUCAAAGGAAGAGAACACAACUGGUGGAGCUUCCUUUAAGAGGAAUUCUUUAGCAGCAAUACCUAGCGUUAGAUGCUCUUCAUCUGGGAAGCCUGGUUCUGUGAAUACAUCUGCUAAUAGCCUAUCUAAUGUGGUCCGAGCAGUUGAUCAAAGUUUAAAUCCUGUAAAAACAACUCUGCCGAUCAAAGAGGAUGAUGAUGCUCAUUCCAUUGCUUCAAGUACUACACCAAGUGGACGGCGGAGCAGUGGUUCUUUUGCCUUCAGGUUGGAUGAACGUGCUGAGAAACGGAAGGAGUUCUUUGAAAAGCUAGAAGAGAAGAUACAGGCUAAGGAAGCAGAAAAAAAUAACUCACAGGCAAAAUCGAAGGAAAGCCAAGAAGCAGAGAUCAAGAAACUAAGGAAGAGCCUAACAUUCAAGGCAGCACCCAUGCCAAGUUUCUACAAAGAGCCUCCUCCGAAAGUUGAACUAAAGAAGAUACCAACUACUCGCGCAAAAUCUCCAAAGCUUGGAAGGAACAAGAGCUCCAUUUCUUCAUUGAACAACUCUUCCGAAGGUGGUGGGGCGUGUCUUAGCCCUCGUCUGAAUCAAGAACUGAAUAACUCAAAGAAAGCAUUAAAGACUAAAAGCGAAAAAGAUGUCCUAGACUCAAAGAAGCCUAUUAGGAAGUCCCACAGCAGGCUUCAUUCUCAGGAAAAUGUUGCUACCAAAGAUGAAGCAAAAUCUGUUAAGUCCCCACCAAAGGCUAUUGGAGAAGAAAGAAAAUACCAGAAAACAUGCACCACAGAAACAGAAGAAGGUCAGGAUAAAUCUGGGCUUCUUUCUGAGUGCAAAGAGAAGAUAGAGUCUGAAGUGAAUGUUGCCGAGAUCGAAGAACCAAUCCUCAGUGCACCUACUCCCGAUAUCAUGCCUCAUGAAGUUAGCAUUGGAGCUUAA